AUGGUACACUACGGGUGCACUAAAACCGAUAGCGGUGGAGUCGAGUGCUUCGUCGAGUUCAGUGAGACAUCAAGUUACUCGAUCCAGAAUAAAGUUGGCGUAAUGACGAGAUGCGUCGAAGUUUUCGCAACCAUUGGAUCGUUUCUCCUGGUGCUGGUUACGCUCCCGUUCUCCCUGUGCUUCACCUUCAAAGUCGUACAAGAAUACGAGAGAGCCGUCGUUUUCCGAAUGGGUCGCUUAAAAGGAGACGCAUGUGGUCCAGGAACGUUCUUCGUUAUGCCAUGCAUCGACACCUGCGUACGAGUCGACCUGAGAACCGUGUCCUUCGAUGUCCCGCCGCAGGAAAUUCUCACCAAGGAUUCCGUAACGGUAACCGUCGAUGCGGUCGUCUACUACCGCAUUAAAGAGCCACUGAGCGCCGUUGUCAAGAUCGCCAAUUACAGUCAUUCCACUCGACUGUUGGCUGCCAGCACGCUAAGAACGGUUCUUGGAACGAGAAGUUUGGCCGAGAUCCUGUCCGAACGCGAAACCAUCUCUCACACCAUGCAGACUUCUUUGGACGAAGCCACGGAUCCUUGGGGUGUCAAAGUUGAACGCGUCGAGAUAAAAGACGUUCGGCUUCCGGUGCAGUUGCAACGUGCCAUGGCCACGGAGGCAGAAGCUGCGAGGGAGGCCAGGGCAAAAGUGAUUGCGGCGGAAGGAGAGAUGCUGGCUUCCCGUGCUCUGAAAGAGGCCAGUGAUGUCAUUUGCACUAGUCCGGCCGCCCUUCAGCUACGAUAUCUGCAAACGUUGAACAGCAUAUCCACGGAGAAGAAUUCGACGAUCAUCUUUCCGGUGCCGGUCGAAUUUCUGACACCCUUCUUCGCCAACGGCUUCCGUGUGAAUGCGAAUCAAGAGACUCUUCGAUCUUCGUCGGAACAACUUGCCUCGAAACCGUUCAAACUUCGAUCCGACGUUCUUCCGUGCGUCGGCAACGUUGAGACGGCGAAAUAA